GAGGAUUUGAGGGGAACACCAUUCUUAAGGUAUCCAGUAGGUUCUCAAGGGACAAGAACACCGUCAAUCCAAUGAACACUUGGCAUUGGCUGACAUCGCCCAGUGGCCAAGGGGGAAUCAUCUCCAGAAGCCAGAAAGGCAGCGGCCGCCAACACCUUACCUUUUUGGACGGUCAUGAUCCGGUCGCAUUGUUUGUUGUUGGAAGGUUUGCGAAGGUCUAUAGCAUAGACCAUGUCAACUUGCAGCCAGAGAGUGAGUUUGAAGCUGCUAGAACUCUUUGGACCCUUCCCCACGCAGAAUCUCGCUCGCGAGUCGUGGCCGCGUUGCCACUGGCCAGCUUUCAUGCCUCCCUGAAAGGAUCCCUUCGGAAGGGUCUGCAAUCUUGGGCCGAAAAAAGGAUGAACUUGCUUCUUCUUUUUGGUUUCCGCUCGUUCUUUUCAAUGGCUUGGCUCUUUGUGGCAUGUAAACGGGUGUAUAUACCUUCUGGAUUCCUUUCUCCGCCCCCCGCGGGGGAUUUGGACCGGAUCCCGGAUAGAAAGAUCGUAUCCAUGGUGUGGCAAUUGUGUGGCAUCAACGGGUGACAGGCAGGAACCCCCCCAGAGGUUGGCGGUCCAUUGGAAUACUGGGUCUGUCCAGCCCCUGCUGAGGGGACUGCCACUAUAGUCAUGUUGCACUCGUUCCCCGAUGGCCCCCAUCGGCCCAUGCAAAGGUCGGCUGAAAGAGCCUCCCUUCACUGCGACUUCUUGACGCGCCAUCGACCAUAGACAUGCUUCAGGGCAACCUGCUAGGGAACGCCUUGGUGGUGUUUCCAUCGUGAGCGAGGAUGAGAUCAGCCAGGGCAUGAUGCCGCAACUGCUGGAGGAGGCUCUCUUUGCCUCCUGGCGCAGGCUCGAAUUCCUUUCCAGGGCAGGCCUGAGUGUAGUUGCGGCUGCGUAUGAGUGGUCCUGCAAGCGGAUGGGCCAAGAGCGGCGACGCCCCCCUUGCGGGCGGCGCCGCCGGCUGCAUGGAACAUGUCACCUAGGCACCUAGAGCAUCACCGUUGUGGCGCCGGCGCUGCCUGGCAGCGCCGAGACCUCUUGGACUUGGCCCAUACGGAAAAGAUUCCGUUUGCUGCUCCACCCUAGUCACCCCCAGCUCCGUACCGUUUGCCGCCGC